GAAUUAUAAUGUCUAGCGACUUAUAUAAUGUUGUUUUUAUUAGUAAUGGUUAAACAAUCAAUGGAAUAACAAUGGAUUUCGCUUUAGGAGGUGGUAAAGACUCGUAUGCAACUACAAGGAGAGUUACAUGCACGAGGAAGUCAUGCAAUACAUUAUAAAAAUUUUGCACAUGCCUUUAUAACAAUUGCUAAAACCGAUGGUGUUUUGGCUUUGCAAAAUGGACUUGUUCCUGCUCUAUGGUUUCAACUGUUUCUUAAUGGUUUUAGACUAGGAACUUACCAAAUCUGUGACACUCACGGUUUAACCAAGGACAAAAAUGGUAAUUCAUCAGUUAUUCGAUCAAUGGCAAUUGGUGCACUUGGUGGAGCCAUUGGAGCAUCAUCAGGAAGUCCUUUUUACUUAAUUAAAACCCAAUUGCAAUCAAAAGCGGCAGCUCAAAUUGCUGUCGGUCAUCAACACUCUCAUGAAAACAUGACUUCAGCUUUGUAUAAAAUUUUUAAACAAUCUGGAAUAAUAGGUCUUUACCGUGGUGUUAGUUCGGCCAUACCAAGAGCAGCUGUUGGAUCAAGUGUUCAGUUGGUCACAUUUGCUAAAAGUAAAGAAAUAUUAAGAAAUAAUAAUAUUUUAAAUGAUUCACCGUUGAUGAUAUCUUUUGUGGCUAGUAUGAUGGGCGGAACCCUCAUGUCUCUAGCCAUGACACCAUUCGAUGUUAUAGCUACCAGAUUAUAUAAUCAAGGUUUGGAUGCACACGGAAGACCUCUUCUCUACAAUGGAAUAUUGGAUUGUAUUUACAAAAUGUGUAAAACUGAAGGCAUAUAUGGAUUUUAUAAAGGUUUCUGGCCGUCUUAUUUGAGACUUGGUCCUCAUACGGUGCUUGUUCUUGUAUUUUGGGAUCAAAUAAAACUUGUACAAAAGGCCUUUCAAACGACUACCUCAGAUAUGGAAGAAAAUAUAUGAAAUCACUCUUAUACAUUAUUAAUAUAGUACAAUUAUUUUAUAUUUAUAUGUAAUAUAUUCAUAAUGUUUGU